AUGUCAUACGCGGACCUGAUCACCAAAGCCAUCGAGAGCUCCCCCGAAAAACGGCUCACCUUGUCUCAGAUCUACGACUGGAUGGUGAAAAGCGUCCCUUAUUUUAAGGACAAGGGGGAUAGUAACAGCUCCGCCGGUUGGAAGAACUCAAUCAGACAUAACCUGUCCCUACAUAGUAGGUUUAUCCGUGUGCAGAAUGAGGGGACAGGGAAGAGCUCUUGGUGGAUGCUCAACCCUGAAGGCGGCAAAAGCGGCAAGUCGCCUCGCCGCCGGGCCGCCUCCAUGGACAACAACAGCAAGUUUGCCAAGAGCAGAGGACGAGCGGCAAAGAAAAAGCUGGCUCUUCAAGGUGGGCCCGAGGGGGGUGCAGACAGCCCAGGCUCUCAGUACGGCAAGUGGCCCGGUAGUCCAAACUCCCACAGCAACGACGACUUUGAUGCCUGGACGGCUUUCCGUCCCCGCACCAGCUCCAAUGCCAGCACACUGAGUGGUCGUCUCUCGCCCUUUAUUGACGACGAACUUGGCGACUCUGAUGUCCACAUGGUCUACCCAGGCCCUGGGUCAGGGGCCAAAAUGACCUCCACCCUCCCCAGCUUGUCUGAAAUGGCUGGUUCUCUGGGUCACAGUGGCCCUGAGAAUGUGAUGGAAAACCUUCUGGAUAACCUCAACUUGCUCUCACCUAAGAACGCAUCAGUGGGGCCCGCAGGAGGCCCUGGGUCAGGAUCCAACCAGUCCUCACCCUCUUCCCUCAUGCAGGCCAGCCCUGGUUACUCCCCCUACAGUUCCCCAGGUCUGGCUGCAGUCAACCAGCAGACUCAACAAGACUAUCGUAAGUGUCUUUACGGCCAGGCAGGAAUGGGCAGCAUGUCCCCCAUGCCGAUGCAGUCUCUGUCAGAAAGCAAGUCCAGUUUUGGUCCUGGUCCAGGAACUAUGGGCCAGUUUAACUGCUCAGCAGGGCUGCUGAAGGAGCUUCUUACGUCUGAUGGGGAGUCUGGAGAGCUCCUGCCCUCGGUGGAUACCGUUGUCUCCCAGUCAGCUGGAAGUGGUGGAUGUAUGUUGCCCCCCUACAGCAGUAGGCGGAAUGAACUUAUGGGAGUUGGAGCAUCUCAUAGCCAUGCCCUCUCUCAUCCGCACAAUAUGCACGGACAAGCCCCGACCACACCUGUGGCAUUGAAUGGGCGAUCACUGCACCCUAUGGCCACGAUUGGCGGUGUCAGUGGACGCCUGGGAAGCAUCAAGUCAGCAUUGCAUAUGCAGUACGGAGGCUCUGGUCAUCUUGGAGGUGGAAUUCCUUACUGCAGCAUCAACAGCAACGGAUAUGGCCGGGGCCCAGGGAUGAUGCCCCACCUGCAACAGCAACACCUGGAGAAGCUGCCCAGUGAUCUGGACGGUAUGCCUGUGGAGCAUUUCGAUUGUGACGUGGACUCCAUCUUGCGCGAUACACUCAUGGAUGGAGAAUCGCUGGACUUCAACUUCGACCCCAUGGCCACCCAACAGGGGUUCCCGCCUCACAGUGUAAAGACCACCACUCACAGCUGGGUGUCUGGGUAG